GAAAAAAUGAACAAAACAAAAGAAACUGCCUAUUCGCGCGUCCCGUCCUAGAUUAGUAAAGCCACUCCGUCGACCAGCCGGAUACGAAAGAUACCAUCCUCAACAACCCAACGAAAUGCAUCAUUUGCGACCGACAGUGCAGUACACUGUUCAAUCUUGGCCAACACAUGCGUACCCACACCGAUACAGUACCCCACGGGUGUGACAUUUGCGGGAAAGGUUUCUACCGGAAGGCCCUGCUCAAUAAUCACCGCCUAUCACACAGUGACGAGCGCCCACACACCUGUGACGUCUGUGGUAAAAGUUUCAAAAUUAUCAAAUCGCUACAGUAUCACAGUGUGGUACAUGCGACGGAGCAUCCCUUCGAAUGUGACAUUUGUGGCAAAAAAUGUUCCUUGAAGGUACAGUUAAAGCAACACCUUAGAGCUCACCGCACGGACCGUCUGCAUCGGUGCACUAUCUGCGACAAGGCUUACCCGAUUAAUUCGCUACUCGUCCGUCAUAUGCGGAGGCAUAUUCGUGAAACGCCGGGCGGACCGUUCCAUUGCGACGUGUGCGGAAAUGAUUAUGCAGUCAGAAAACAUCUGGAGAUUCAUACGAGAAUCCAUACUGGGGAUCUAAUGUACCGGUGUGAUGUUUGUGGUAAAGGAUAUGCUUCACGCAACAGUUUUGCGUCUCACUCACUCACUCACUCCAGCGAGCGUCCGUUCCAAUGUGACAUGUGUGACAAAAGUUUCACCAAAAAGACUUCACUGCGGUAUCACAGGGCGGUACAUGCCACGGAACAUCCCCUCAAAUGUGACACUUGUGGCAAACAGUAUUCCCUCGAUAUACAGCUAAAGCGACAUCUGAAAACUCACGAGGAACGUAGGUUCCAGUGCAGCAUGUGUGGCAAAAAGUUCAUGAUUAAUUCUCGGCUUAUCCGACAUAUGCGUAGGCAUACGAGAGCAUCGUGAGUGAUUUUUUUGAUUGCGGCAAAAGUAGCCGCUCAUUAUGUUGUUAUAUAAAUAAAUAAAGAGAAGGCCGCCUUGAGUGGCUACAAAA